UUGAAAAAUUGGUAUAUCUGAUUUUGACAAGAACAGCAAAGUAAAAAGAAAUCUUUGCAAAAUUGUAAUAUUUUCCUUAAAGGUUUAUUUGAAACUAUUCAACCAAUCGAUUGAUCGGUGCAUCCAUCCAUCCGACCAUUAUGUAAUUAUUAAUGUAUUAAUUAAUGUAAUCCAUUAUGUAAUUUAACUUUCAUUUGGCACUGGAACUGUUAAAUAUUAGUAGUCACUUGCUUUUGUUUAUUCUAGUCACUGCUUAUCAGUGCCAUCCCAGAACCCGACAUUCCCCACCCUCUACCUCCCUCUACCGGUGUUGAGUAAUUUAUGUAAAUUUGUUCAUGACGUGAACCGGGAUCUUAUUCAAAGAAUCGCAUCUUCCGAACUGCAGAAAGCAAGAGAGCGCGUGAUAAAGCAAACACACACACACACACAUAGAGAGAGAGAGAGAGAGAGAGAGAGAUUGAGUUCAAUCUGCAGCAUAGCAAGGACACGCUCCGAACACACGGUCUUGCUUAACCGAAGCAAAGAGCACUACAGGACUGGAAGCGAAACAACGGAGAGCCAUGACCGACUCCAAGAAAAGUGAAAUGGACAUUCGGGACAAAGCCAUUCUGCAUCAGCAACGGCGUUUGAAACAAGCAACGCAGUUCACACACAAGGACUCUGCCGACCUGCUACCCCUGGACGGGCUCAAAAGACUGGGGACUUCCAAAGACCUGCAACCUCACAGCAUUGUCCAACGUCGCCUGUUAGAAGGCAACAUCAAUCGCCUCGUUGCAGAAGGAAGAGAUGUCAGCUCCCGGGUUCGUUCUCCAUUGGCCGAAGAGAAGGUCGGACGCAAAGAAGUGAGGGAACCGAAGGAAGAAGAGGAGGAUGAGGAGGAAGAAGAAGAAGAAAGUGAAGAAGAGGAGGAGCUCUCCAAAUCCUGGAAGUCUCUUGUUGUGAACUGCAAGUGCUGUGACAGAGAAGUGGAAGCCACUAUUAACACAGGCUACCAACAGAAUGUCAUGUCCCAAGAAUGCUUCAGACGUCUUGGGCUUACAGAAAUGCAGAAGAUCAGCAGUAAAGAGUCAUGUCACAGGUUUCCUUUCGAUACCACGUUCAUGGGUCAAGUGGAGAAGCUGGAGAUCAUAAUAGGGUCAGCAAAACUCGAGUGUUCUGCACUUGUCGUUGAAAAUGAGACAUUUGAAUUGUGCCUUGGAUUAGAGACAUUGCUGAACCUAAAAUGCUGCAUAGACCUGGAAAGAGGUUUCCUGAAGCUCGGAAAAUCGGACGAAGAGAUUCCCUUCCUGGAAAUGUCUUCAGAGGCCCAGAAUGAGACUUGCUAAAAUGGGACCACAACGUGGAACUUCUUCAGUUUUCAUCUUGAAUCAGCCUUACUGUUUGACAAACUGUAUUGUUCCUCCAGCUGCCAUAGUCUUUGUUUCCUGAAUGUUUUUGUCCUCUUUAUUUUUCUUUUUUAAGGGAAAGAAAUAGUCAGCAAAGUAUGAGCCAGCAAAACACAGCAUUCAGCCUCCAUUGCCUUUCUGAGACACCCACAAAAUUAAUGCUGCUAGACUUUUGCAAGGGUAAAGAAGCCAAGCAACUCCUCUUGAUUUACUUAUCAAUUAUUUCAUUGCCAAAACAGCUACUGAUUAAUUUUUAAAGCUCCAACAAAGAUUCUUUCAAAUAAUAUGUUUUUUAAAGCAAAAAAGUAAAACUUUCUAAUGUAUUACAUUGAAAAUAAGUAUAUGAAAAGUGGAUCCAAAGGCAAAGAGGAAAGGAACUAAUUAUUUAAGGGAUGGAGGGAGAUGGAUUGCUCUGAUCCUCUUACGUUUUAUCUAUGAAUACCCCUGUAUUAUGCUGCCUGCUUUAAAGAAGAAAAAAAAAUGUUUGUAUACUAAUAAAUGUGCACAAACUCAUCACAUUCCAGUCCAACAGAGAAAACUGUUAAGAAUAAUUUAUUAUUCAUUCUAAUAGUUGUCACUGAACUUGUCUAUCUAAGAGAUCAAAUAGUUGAAAUGCUUGGGUGUUUUUGACUCAGACAUAGAAUAUCUAAACUCUUCUGCCUUUAUCAUACGACCUGCAUGCAGCCGUCAGUAAAGAAUUUUCUCAGAAGAAUUCAGAAGCUGACUUUUUAAGUGUGACCUACUUGUACCAUGGAAAAUACCACGGUGAUCUCACGCUCAACAGAACGAGUAAUGGUGCAUCAACAUAGAAACAGCUAAGCCUCCAGGGAUUCAAGUGAGUGACGCUGUUGUAAACGGUCAGCUUGUUCUCACUGUGUCACCUCAUGAAAGAGCAGUCUUUCCCAGCAGUGACCGUGAUGCAUUUGGGCUCUGAGCACAUGUGAGCCAGCAUUUUAAUAUCACAAUGCAGUAUACAGUAGAUGAAUGGGAAACCUGUGCACAAGCGUCUCUUUGUGUUAGGUAAUUAGAAGAACUAUUUUUUAUGUUUCAGUUUUAUAUUAAAAAAAAUAUGUGUUUUGUAAAUAUCAAUGACAAUUUGUAAAUGAAAAUGACAUAUAAAACAUAUAAACAGAUUAUUCACUUUAACACUAACAACAGCUGCUUUUUAGGAGUCCCCAACAUUAUUUUAACAUUUCUCUGUAAUAUUUCAAAUAAAAGCACAUUUCUAAAAUAAUUCAAUAAAAGAAAAUAAACUUCUUAUACACAAUAAAUAUGAUAACUGACUAUACUGGGAGGAUCAACUUAUUCAUUAAGCCAGUUUGAAUUUAUAGAGUUCCAUAAUACACAGAAAACAU